AUGGGACUCUUUGCUAAAUUGUCUGGUCAACCUCAAUCGUAUGCAAGGAAACAGAAUUAUAUAUUUGGUCAAACGUUAGGGGCUGGAUCGUUUGGAAUUGUGAGAUGUGCUAGAGAUAAAUUCACUAAUGAAGAGGUAGCCAUUAAGAUUAUUUUAAAGAAAACAUUGAAGGGUAAUGAACAAGUGGUGAUUGAUGAAAUUAAAAUGUUACAAAAUUUACAUCAUGAUCAUAUCAUUGGAUUCAGAGAUUGGUUUGAAUCAAGAGAUAAGUUUUAUAUUGUAACUCAAUUGGCUACGGGUGGAGAAUUAUUUGAUAGAAUUAUUGCAAAGGGAAGAUUUACUGAACAUGAUGCUUCAUUAGUUGUGGUUGAAAUGUUGGAGGCAAUUGCUUAUUUACAUGAUCAAGAUAUUAUUCAUCGAGAUUUAAAACCAGAAAAUGUCAUGUAUUUAACUCCAGAAGAUAAUUCAAAUAUUGUCAUAGUUGAUUUUGGUAUUGCUAAAAAGCUUAAUGGAUCUGAUGAUCUUUUAAAUAAUUCAGCUGGUACUUUUGGUUAUGCUGCACCUGAAGUUUUCACUUCUGGUCAUGGUAAACCUUGUGAUAUAUGGUCAUUAGGGGUUAUUACUUAUACUUUAUUAUCAGGACUUCAACCAUUCAGAGCUCAAAAUGGUAGAGAUUUCAUUGAAGAAACCAAGAAUAAUAAUGGAGUUAUCUUUUAUAGUGAUUAUUGGUCUGAUGUUUCAAAAGAUGCUCGUAGAUUUAUUAUCAAAGCUUUACAACUUAAUCCAAAGGAUAGACCUACUGCCAAAGAAUUAUUACAAGAUCCAUGGUUAGUUUCUAUUGCUUCUGAACAUAAGGAGACUGAUUUAUUACCAAACUUAAAGAAAUUCGAUGCCAGAGCUAAAUUCAGACAAGCUAUAAUGAUGGUUAAAUUAAACAAUAGAAUCAAGAAAUUGAAAGAAGUACAAACUGAACAUGAUGAUGAUCCAACUGAAAUCAAUCUUUAUAGUAAAUCAGGUUCAUUAUUCCAUGAUUCUGAGGAAUUGACCAAGAGUGAUGGUGGAAUUGAUUCAUUAAGAAAAUUGUCUGAUAUUAUUAAUAACAUGGAUACAGGUUUAUCAAAGGCAUCUGUAUCCAAUGUCAAAUCUCCUUAUGGUGACAGUGUCUCUAAAAAGGAAACUUUACGUACUGAUGCAUUUGUCCAAUUAGUUCAAACUGCUUCUGAGAAUAGAGAGCGGGUGAAAAGUUUCAAAGAUGAUGGAACUGAUGCUCCAAUCGAACCAGAAAAGUGA